CCUCUCUCUCUCCGUCGCUCCUCCUCCGCAGCGCCACCAUGUCGCCGCCUCUUCACCUGAAGAAGCUCCUCCUCCUCCUCCUCCUCCUCCUGCUCCGCUUCUCUUCCCUCCAAGCUCCCUCCGCCGCCGCCGCUGCCAACCCAGACGCCGGGCCUCUCCUGGCCUUUAAGGCCGCCUCCGACGCCGACGACAGGCUCGCCAGCUGGAACUCCUCCGCCGACGCCUGCUCGUGGCUCGGCGUCUCCUGCCUCCACGGCCGCGUCUCCCGCGUCGUCCUCGAGAGCCUCGGCCUCCGCGGCUCCAUCCAGCCCCUCACUUCCCUCUCCCAGCUCCGCGUCCUCAGCCUCAAGCACAACCGCUUCUCGGGUCGGGUCCCGGAUCUGUCCAACCUCACGUCCCUCAAGCUCCUCUUCCUCUCCCACAACGGCUUCUCCGGCGAGUUCCCGGCCUCCGUGCCGGAGCUCUCGAGGCUCUAUCGUCUCGAUCUGUCCUUCAACAACUUCUCGGGCGAGGUCCCGGCGGGGCUCAACGGGUUGACCCACCUGCUGACCCUGAGGCUCGAGGGGAACGGGUUCUCUGGCCCCAUUUCAGGCCUGGACCUCCCGAACCUCCAGGACUUCAACAUCUCCCGCAACAGGCUCGCCGGCGAAGUGCCCAAGUCGCUGUCGGGGUUCCCCGAGUCUGCAUUUGCGGAGAACUCGGCCCUGUGCGGGUACCCGCUGAGGAAAUGCGGCGCCGCCGCCGGCGACCCGACUCGACCCGGAUCCGACGGGGCCAUCGCGUCACCACUGAGCCCGAGCGCGAAGCCCAACACCGUGGCCUCAUCCCCGACCUCCAUGCCCGUGACCGCGACGCCGGCCGCGGCCUCGUCGGGCGCUCGCCGCUCCGGGGCAGCCCACAUCAAGCCCGUGGCCAUGAUCGCCAUCAUAGUUGGCGACGUCCUAGUGCUCGCGGCAAUCUCGCUCCUUCUCUACUGCUACUUCUGGAGGAGCUACGUCGGCGAGAAGAAGAACUCCAAGCUCCUGGAGAGCGAGAAGAUCGUGUACUCGUCCAGCCCAUACCCGGCCGCGGCCGCCGCCGCAGCGGCAGCGGCUAACAACCCCGCCGGGUACGAGCGGGGGAGGAUGGUGUUCUUCGAGGGGGUGAAGCGGUUCGAGCUGGAGGACCUGCUGAGGGCGUCGGCGGAGAUGCUGGGGAAGGGGGGGUUCGGGACGGCGUACAAGGCGGUGCUGGACGACGGGAACGUGGUGGCGGUGAAGCGGCUGAAGGACGCGAGCGUGGGGGGGAGGAGGGAGUUCGAGCAGCACAUGGAGGUGCUGGGGAGGCUGAUCCACCCCAACCUGGUGAGCCUGAGGGCUUAUUACUUCGCGAGGGAGGAGAAGCUGCUGGUCUACGACUACAUGGCCAAUGGGAGCUUGUUUUGGCUCCUUCACGGGAACCGAGGAGUGGGCAGAACGCCGCUGGACUGGACCACCCGCCUCAAGCUCGCGGUGGGCGCGGCGCGGGGCCUGGCCUUCAUCCACAACUCGUGCAAGUCCCUCAAGCUCGUCCACGGCAACGUCAAGUCCACCAACAUCCUCAUCGACCAUGCCGGGAAUGCCCGUGUCUCCGACUACGGCCUCUCCGUCUUCGCCUCCCCCGCCGCCGCUCCCCGACCCAACGGUUACCGCGCGCCCGAGGCGGCCAACAGCCACCGCGGCAUCGUGAAGCUCACGCAGAAGUCGGACGUGUACUCGUUCGGGGUCGUCCUCCUGGAGCUGCUGACCGGGAAGUGCCCGUCCGCGCCGGACCCCGGGAGUGGGGCUGAGUACGUUGGCGGGGCCGGUGGCGUCCUGGACCUGCCACGGUGGGUCCAGUCGGUGGUGAGGGAGGAGUGGACGGCGGAGGUGUUCGAUCUGGAGCUGAUGAGGUACAAGGACAUCGAGGAGGAGAUGGUGGGGCUGCUCCAGAUCGCGAUGGCGUGCACCUGCGCCUCCCCCGACCAACGGCCGAGGAUGGGCUACGUGGUCCAGAUGAUCGAGGAGAUCCGCGGGGCCGACGAGGAGUCGUCGUCCCCGUGCCACGACAACCUCGAGUCCGUUUCCGAUUCCCCGUCGAUGUCGGAAGGCACGUGCGGGACGAGCCAGUGAUCUCUAGCAGGAAAUACUUCAUUUGAUCUCCGUGAAACUCCACCGUAAUUCUUGUAAUUAACAAGUCAUCAUCUGCUAUUUCUUCUUCCUUUUUUUUUUUCCACUGUUUUCAAUUUGAUUUUCUGUUUUUUUGACCAGUCGAUAUCAUCGUGAAUGAUAGCGGGGAAAGGGGGUGAAGGAUUUGAUUUGAGCUUUUCUUGAGUUGGGUUCAUGAUGAGGAUUGAGAAAUCAUUGUGGUUAAUGAAGAGGUCUUCAUUGC